AUGCGGCGGGGGAAGAGAGUUCCAACGGCGCUAGAAAGCGCCAACAACACCCAAGUUCGGUGUCGAUGCGAAGCAUCAGAAGAGUUGCAGCGCAGGAAUGAAGAAAGGGAACGGCUUUUGAGCGCAAACCGGCAACUCGCGGCGUCUCUGAACGCAGCAAAAUGCGAGCUCGUAACUGCCAAGAAGAACUGUGCCCGAGCCGAUAUCUUGAUGAUGCAAUAUCAUGUGCAACAAGUCAAGGCCCAAACAACACGCCCCAUCCACAAUCCACCUCUUGCUCGCCAAGAUGCGUCGGUGCAAUGUGACUUGACACCCAAGUCGUCGAAGGGGACGUCUGGUACCAAGGCAAUAGUCCACCACGCGCACGCAUCCUCCAAGAAUUCCCCUUCCACUGACCAAUAUCGACCCCACAUGGCGUCAUAUUUGAAGAAAAGAGCGGCGCAGAGGCCAUCUUCCAUGGGCAAGCCGCCCGAUGUAGAUCUCAUAGUCACGAAAAAGGCACUUCGCGAGCACAAACUCGUCGUGUAUAAAGAGCCCAGUGCCAAAGUAAAGCUUCGCCAGUCUACCCUGCCGAUGUACGCCGCCACCACCUCCAACAACGCCAUGAACACGGUGCAGCAAACACCGCCAUGUAAACGAACGUUCAAACAGCAGCCACCGCCGCUCGUUUCGAACAGUCCAACUCGGGACAACGAGCUUAGCGCCGAGUUGGCUGGCUUGUUGCAUGCAUGCGACGUCGAAGAAGAGAAUUCUCCAAGGUCAAGUUUUACCAAACAGUACACCUCGAUCGAUGAGACCUUCCGCUCCAUGCAUGCCCCUGGCUCUCCCGCUGGCAGUAAUGCCGAGCCCGCAGCCAAGAAGCACCGCGUCACCCGCCGCGGCACAAGCAUUCCAGAGUACAAAGAAAUCAGUCUCAGCCGGAAAAUGCGACAGGGUGACCGGUACUCGUUUCACACGUAUUUCAAGUAA